ACUUCUUUUGCGCUUCUCUGUGAAGUAGUUAUCUUCAUGGCCUUCAACGAAGCAGAGCAAAAACCCUCAGCUUCGGAGAUCAAUGGCGAAAUCCGGCGAGCGGCCUCCACGGGAGAAUGCGUCGAAGCAGCUGAGGAGUGAGCUGAGGAGGCUGAUGCUCGCCAUCACCGAUGAUGACGAUGUUCGGUGUGAGAUAUUCAACGAAGCCUUCAAAACCCUCGUGGCGCUUAAAGAGAUGAAGUUUAAUGGCGGCAAUGACAAGCCGCAGCAGCAUCGUCAAGUUCCUGAGCAUUUCUUAUGCCCCAUCUCGUCGAAGAUCAUGAGGGAUCCUGUUGUGCUUUCUUCUGGCCAGACCUAUGACAGGCAAUACAUUCAGGAAUGGCUGAAUUCUGGCAACCUAACAUGCCCACAAACUCAGAAAGCCCUCUCCAACACAACACUCAUUCCGAACAAUCUUGUUCGCGGCAUGAUUGGUGAAUGGUGUUGUGAGCAUGUUAACACUAUACCGCGGCAUGAGUUUCAUGAGGAAGGCCUUAUUACAAGAAGUGAAAGGUAUGUAUUUAUUAAGCUAGUUGAGAAGAUCUCCUACUCCUCAGUCACAGAGCAGAGGGAAGCUGCUAGGGAGCUCCGGCUCCUCACCAAGCACAACCGAUCAUUUCGGGCUCUUAUUUGUGAGUACCCGGACGCUAUUGCUCGGUUGCUCUCUGUGUUGUCAGUGCCUGAAUUGAGUGAGGAUAAUGAGGUCCAAGAAGACAUAGUGACUGCGAUUCUCAAUCUUUCUAUCAAUGACGGCAACAAGAAGAUUGUUGGCAAGAACCCCUUGGUUAUUCCCUUUCUUAUUGAGGCACUGGAGACCGGAACUAUGGAAACAAGGAGCAAUUCAGCUGCGGCGCUCUUCACCUUAUCUGCUGUUGAUUCAAAUAAGAGUAUGAUUGGUGAAUUAGGUGCUAUGCGACCUCUCCUCGAUCUUCUAGAGCAUGGCAGCAUGACUGCUAAGAAGGAUGCUGCCUCUGCGAUCUUUAGCCUGUGCACUACUGUUGAGAACAGGGUGAUGGCGGUGAGAGAAGGGGCUGUUGCACUUGUUUUGAAAAACAUUAUGGAUCAAUGCCUUGUAGAUGAGUCAUUGGCUAUCCUCGCAAUGCUCUCAAGCAAUCAAGAAGCAGCAGAGGAACUUAGAAUGAGUGUUGGGGUUCCUUGCUUGCUCAAGGUUAUAAAAGCAAACUCAUGUCCCCGGAAUGAAGAAAAUGCAGUUGUUGCUCUCUUUUCAAUAUGCAUGAAUGAUAGAACAAAGUUAUUGGAAGUUGGUGAAGAGGAGAAUUUGAGUGGUGCUAUCUCACAGCUUGCUCAGAAUGGUACUUCAAGGGCUCGCAGAAAGGCAUACGGAAUUCUUGAGAAGCUGAGAAGGGCAAUGUACAUCACUCAUUAGAUCAUCCAUUGCUUUUGCUAGGUGCCAAUGAGAGGGAGACAACAGAGAACUGUCUUUAUAUAUCACUUUCAACAGUUCUCCUAGGGUGGACAUUUUGUAUGUCAUCAAAAAAACCGUGCAUAGAUAGCUCCAGGAUCAGCAAAUCUGCCUCAUCACUGGUUAGUCUCCUUGCUGGAUAGAGUCGAUCUAUGACACCUUUCUUCAUAGAGACUAUCAUUCUACAGGGUUUUAUUUCAUUUUCACUAUAAAUUGCUUCUAUGGUUUUCUCAUGUGUUUCUUAUCUGUUACGUAUGUGCUUAAUGUUUCCAUUAUACUGUUGCACUUGCUAUAGAUAUAAGAUACAUGCAGACAAAAAUAUUUUCUGAAUUGUGCACUUGAAGAAGAUGAGAUUUUCAAUGUGGAAUAAUUAUAAACAAUAGAAGCACAAC